GCGACUAGCACAGCACAGCACCGCGCGAAAAUUGUUACACGAGAUAUUUACUUCAACCCGACUAUAAGCCUAGCAUCGCUUAUCUUGCAGUCACUCUCUAUCCGACUUUUCAGCUCCCGUUUGACCCAUCAUGCCUCCUGCGAAACGACGCAAACUCAGCCCAAGCCCGGAACAAGAGGAGACUCGCCCGACAGACGCAGCAGCCACCAACGACACCACGACGCCCACAACCGGAGUAAAGGACAGCAAGAAGACUAUGGAAUCACAAAAGAAACAACAAGGAGGAGCCACAUCUGUCGAGGAAUCAGCCCCACCGGAUGAAGCGACUACUUCUGAUGAAACAACAGCUCUGCCCGCUGCGUCUGCUCCGUCAAACACGGCCGCCGACCGACUUGCGCGCUUCAAAGCUCUCAAGUCCCGAGCGUCAGCUUCGGCGAAAUCCAACCUUGCCGAGGCCAAAGCGGAAGCCACCCGGGCCGCCGUCGACCCCAGCGUCCUGGCCAGUCUGUCGCGAAAGUCGGCCAUCGCCUCCCACAACAUCCUGAAGGCCGACACCGAAGAGGACGAGGGCAAGGGUGCCUUCGAGCGCAAGCGGGCGUGGGACUAUACCAUCGAAGAGUCCGAACGGUGGGACGAACGCGUGAACCGCAAGAAGCACGCGCGCGAGAACAACGCUUUCGCGGACUACUCGGCCGAGGCGGCCAAGAUGUACGACCGGCAGAUCCGGGACCUCGAAAAGGCCGCGGUGAAGGACGGCGGCAGGAACCGUGAAGAGUACGAGCGCCAAAAGGCCGAGAUCCUCGAGAACGCCGCGCGCACCGGCGGGCUCGAGAUCGUCGAGAUGGAGAACGGCGAACUCGUGGCCAUCGACCGGGACGGCAGGUUCUACGCCGACGACGACAGCACGGGCUUCGUCGAGCAGAAACCGAAGCGGGAGAACGUGGACCGUCUGGUCGAGGACCUACGAAAGGCCGAGGAGGCGAGGUUCAAAGCCCGGAAGGCCAGAGGCCGCGAGGAGGACGGCGGCGACGUCACGUACAUCAACGAGAAGAACAAGCAGUUCAACAUGAAGCUGGCGAGGUUCUACGAUCGGUACACGGCCGACAUACGCGAGAGUUUCGAGAGAGGAACGGCCAUGUGAGGGAAGGCGCUGGGUUAUUCUGCGAGUAAUCCUCGAACUAUACAGAGACCUAGCAUGUUUUGGGAUAAAUACCUCUUUGUCUCGACUAUAUAAAAACAAGACAUUGCGAGGAGCAUUAAUUCCAGACUACUGAGGGAAUCACUCCUCUCUAUGAGAAGUAGGUACUGGACGGCCGUAUUUGAUACUCGGAACCACUCGUGCGGAAUCUGUGAAUUUAGCGUAUUGUGCUUGUCCUGUGUAUCGCAGUAUUGACGUGAAUGGUGUGGCCAGACUUUGUAGGCCAAAACUUUGGUCAAUGAUGACAUACGCAAAUCCCUCUAUGCGAUUCAGCCUCGCGGCGCACUCCUCCUUGACCAUUUUCAGCGCGAAGACUUGCAGUCAUAUAAAACGAAGACCCGAUGUCUCAAGUCCUGGAUGGCCCACUCCCAAAAGUCGGAAUAAAGGGCACAGGUGCGUCCAAGGAUGUCUUUGUUGAAUAUGUCUGCCUCACGGUAGAGGAAAGCGAGGGCCCUGAAUUCAGCUUCCCGUGAAACGCAUGAUGCUCUCUCUACAGAUGCCUCCCGUGCGACAUGGCUCAAGGACUCCGGAUUGAGCAGGUGAGGCAUGCUCAAGUCAUUUAGGUCCUGGAGGAUCGACCUGGUGCAGUCAAAAGGACAGUGUCCUUCCGUCCCUGAACCUGAUAUUAGUGGUGCUUAGAGACAUGAUAUAGUCACCAACUGCCAGAAAGAAGGCCAACAAAGAGCAACUGAUCAUGUGCAAUCAGUCCGCCAAAGUGGAAGCUCAACCUGGAGAGCCUGGCGAUGCCUGACCCCUCCUGAAGCAGACGCUCGGGAACAUGUUCCAUGAGCCUGGAUACUUCAUUCAAAAGAUUUGAGGGUGUUUCUGACAACUUUAGAGGCGGGGUCUCCGGCUAACAAGUCCUGUUGUGGAAGUGUAUCGAUCAAACAGAGGGUCGCUUAUGGUGGUAAGACAGCAGAUCGAGAUAUUGCUUGCACUGAAUAGACGAGCUGCCUUGAUGAGUGCCGACGAAAUAGAACAAAUCGUCUGAAAUGCCACUCUCACUUACUUCCACAGCCAGGUUAUUGCUGUCAAAGCGACUCAAGGCUCGACCUCCCAUAUAUGUGCCUGGCAUUUCCC